AAGCAGAAUAUAAUCCAUCAGAAGACAUCAGGGAGUCAACCACCCAAAGUGAUCAGAGGGACGACCAUGAAGCUCUGCGCUGUCUUCAUUCUGUUAUCGGCUGGAGCCGCGUUGGCUUCCAUUGAGAAGAGGAUCGUCGGGAGUCUGAAAUGUAAGAAGGACAGGCAGUACCAUGUUGAGAUCACGGCCAAGCAAAAAGAGACUACCUGCGGGGGCACCCUGCUCAACAGUCUCUGGGUCCUCACUGCGGCCCACUGUGGACAACAGGAGCUGAAGGUGGAGCUCGGCGUUAACUAUGAUGCAUCAUUUUUUUCCAAAGAGUUUUUCUUAAAUGACAAGCAAGACAUAAAAAUCAACCAGCAGUUUUUCUUUGACAAAGAUGCGGAAGGGAAACUCCACGACAUCAUGCUCAUUAAGCUGACUAAGAAGGCUUCAGCUAAACUUCCCACACUGGAGCUUCCUGCUGGGGAAUGUACAAGACCAGAACUGAAAAAAACGGUUCAGGUUGGAGGCUUGGGACCUGACAAAGAGGGAAAAAAGAAAGGAUGGUUCAGAAAGUUAAUCACGUCAAGCGAGUUGAUGUGUGCCGACACAUUCAUGGAAGAAUGUGGCGAGAAUGAUAAGCCUGAUAACCAAUACAACAGCGAUGAAACCAACACCAUGUGUGCCUUUAAAUCUGGAGUGAUGUCCUGCUAUGGCGAUUCGGGUUCCGCUGUGGUGUAUGAAGGCCAUUUACACGGGGUCAUUGUCAGCAACCCGACUGAUAAGUGUGCCAACCCCAUUGUAAUGAUGGAUAUCUGCCCCUACAAGGAGUGGAUUGAAAAAAUCAUGAAGGAUAAUGAACACUCGCAUUAAUUAUGAGAUAUCACCAUAAAAAUGACUAAAUGUAUGUCAUUUCAUUUUCCUUUUUAAUUAAAGCAAUGUGGUCUCUCAAA